AUGUCGACCACGCGCCUCACAUUCCUAUACCCGCACCUCUUCCGCGCCGUGCGCCGCGUCGAGUGUCCUGGGCCCGGGGCUGCUGUGCGCCAAUGCGCGCACUCGGGGAGGCAGAGGAGAGCGGGGUUUGCGGGGACGGCAGGGGGGAGGGUGAAGUUCGCGGAGAGGAGGGGGAAAGGUGUUGAACCAAUUGCUGAAGGGGAGAAGGAGGGAAAGGAGGAGAAGAUGGAGGAGAGCAAUGUGGGUGAGGGACGGGUAUCGAGCCGGCCGGAGGGGGCUGUAGAGAAUGAUACUGCCGAUGCGAUUGCGGAGGGGGGUAUCUUAGCUGCGGAUGCAGCGAGGGAAAAGGACGAUGCGGCGGCAGCACCGACGCCGGCAGUGGAGGAGAAGGCGGAGGUGGAGACCGACAAGGACAGGGACAAUCCUGCACAAAUCAGCGAUGACGCACCAGCUCCGAGUGCCAAUCGCGACACCCCUCUCACAGACUCAGUCCUGCACAUGGAUCCCCCACUCGAGAGCCUCAUCGGCAGCCUCCCGCACCUCGCGCCCUCGCCGUACGUGCACCACUUCGACUCCUACACUUUGACGCAGCGUAUCGCCGAAGGGGGUUUCACCUCCACACAGAGCGUGGAAACGAUGAAGAUCGUGCGGGCACUACUCACCGCCAACCUGGACAUGGCCAAAGACGGGCUAGUGAGCAAGAGCGACGUGGAGAACGAGACGUACCUCUUCCAAGCGGCGUGUUCGGAGCUGCGAACCGAAAUCCAGAAUGCGCGCAAGGCGAGCGCGGAGGGGAUGCGACUGAGGCGCACAAUGCUGCAGAAUGAGGCGGAUAUCUUGAAUCAGAAGAUGACGCAGGAUUUGGCGACGCUGAAGGAUGAGUUGAAGGAGAUGUUCAAUGAUCGCAAGAUGGAGGUGCGGAUGGAACACUCGAAUAUGGAGAGCCAGAUCCAGGAACUCAGCUACAAGAUCACCGUCGCGCUCAACAGUGACACCAAGUCCGAGGUUGAGGGCGUGCGCUGGAUCCUGACGCGCCGCGCCGUGCUAGCUAUCGUCUUCAUGGCGUUCGUCGUGCUUUCGAGUCUGAGGCUCGCGAGCUAUCGCAGUCAGGAGUCCGCUCUCGCGUUACAGAAGGCCGAGAGGAAGGAAGAGCUGCAGAGACAAGCGGCGAAGAAGCAGAGGGAGGCGGGGACUCAGACAGAGGAGGCUAUAUUAGCGGCUGAGGGGGUGAGCACAAGCUAG